CCCCGUGUAGAGCCCUGCUCUGCCCGACUCCCCGGGAUUUAUUUCUCUUUCCGAGGUAGCCAUGGAUGCUUCGACUCCUCUGCCUCCCGCACCCCCUUCCCCGAGGUGCAACCCGGCCCCACAGACAAUCCACAUUGAGUUCCCUCAUCAUAGCUCCUCGCUGCUGGAAUCCCUGAACCGCCACAGGCUGGAGGGAAAGUUCUGUGAUGUAUCCCUCCUGAUUCAGGGCAGGGAACUUCGAGCUCACAAAGCAGUGUUGGCCGCUGCCUCUCCUUACUUCCAUGACAAGCUGCUUUUGGGGGAUGCGCCCCGGCUCACUUUACCGAAUGUCAUCGAGGCAGACGCGUUCGAGGGACUGCUUCAGCUUAUUUAUUCAGGAAGCCUCCACCUGCCACUGGAUGCUCUCCCUGCCCAUCUCCUUGCAGCCAGUGGCCUUCAGAUGUGGCAAGUAGUGGAUCGGUGCUCAGAGAUUCUUCGAGAAUUAGAAACGUCUGGUGGAAUUUCAGCUGGCGGAGGAGCCUCCAACCUCACACUUCUUUCCACAACAUCUUCAGGAGGCUGGUGCAUUCGCUCUUCCUCUUUCCAGAACCCUGUACAGUCCUCUGCUUCUACAGAGAAUUCUGCUUCUCCUGAGAGCCCCAUUGGAGGGAAGGGGAGUGAACUAGAAGGAAUGUUACAGAUUCAGGUGAAAGUAGAGGAGGAAGAGGAGCAGGGGUCAGCAGACCCACUCUUUCAGACUCCUCAACCUGAGGGAGUGUCAGAAGGGGCUUCCCAAGCUUGCGUAUCCCACCCGUUGCCUACAUCUGUUCUUCCCAGCAAACCUUCAGAAGAUGAGAACUCAACACUUGAUCCUCCUGCCCCUCCUGUACAAGCUUCCCAAAUCUUAUAUGCUAAUCAGGAAAAUGUCGAGUGUAAGGAGGAGAUACCAGGAGGUAGGACUCGGUCUGGAGGAGCAAAAGAAAAGACCAAAGUACGAUCUGGAGAGGACUCUGAGGAGAAGGGGGAGCUAAAAUACUUGCUGUCCUCAGGAGGAGGGGAAACGUCUGGGGCAGGAGAUCCAUCCUGGAAACCUGUAGAUCUUCAUGGGAAUGAGAUCCUGUCAGGGAGUGGAGGACCUGGAGGGACAGGGCAGGCUAUGCAUGGGCCUGUGAAGCUAGGAGGGACGCCUCCUGCAGAUGGAAAGUGCUUUGCCUGCCUGUGUGGGAAACGCUUUGCAGUAAAGCCAAAACGAGACCGACACAUCAUGUUGACCUUCAGCCUUCGCCCUUUUGGAUGUGGCAUCUGUAAUAAACGUUUCAAGUUGAAGCAUCACCUGACAGAGCACAUGAAGACCCAUGCUAGAGCUCUGCAUGCGUGUCCCCACUGCGGCCGUCGGUUCCGUGUCCAGGCCUUUUUCCUUCGUCACCGGGACUUAUGCAAGGGCCAGGGCUGGCCCACUUACCACUGGACUUACAAAUGACUACUGGUGCUCCGUAGUGAUUUCUAGGACAAGAUAGCCACGGCUGCUGAUGGACUCUUACCUUUCACCACCUCAGUCCUGGAUUAUGUAGUUAUUCCAAGAGAUUAUAUAUGUUAUGUUACGAACCCCUUAUUCUUGGGUAUGGGUCUCACCAUGCUGUAUUUAGAAGUCCGAGUUUAAACAGACUGUAGGAAAGUCAUGCUUCUGAUCACUUAACCUAAGUGGCCCUUUUUGUAUUGCUAGCCAGUGAAGGAACUGCUGACCUCAGAUUAUAUUAGAGAACAGUUGGAGCAAAGUGACCCAAUAACUCUUACCUCAUCUUCAUGGGGAGGUGAGGGAACUAGUCUCUAAGAAUACAUUUGGUUCAGAGUUCAAGUAAUUGCCAGACUUAGCUCUAAGCAGCCUCUCCCUCACAGCAGUAUUCUGUUUCUGAACGUUCUGUCAUUUCUUUCCAGAUGCUUUUUAGGUUGUACUUUGUGUUUCUUACCAGUAGACACCUUUGCCGAAUAUCCUUUUAAAAAUACUUGAGCAGGACUGAAGAGAUGGCUCAGCAGUUAAGAGCACUGUCUGCUCUUUCAGAGGUCCUGAGUUCAAUUCCCAGCAACAUGGUAGCUCACAACCAUCUGUCAUGGGAUUUGAUGCUCUCUUCUGGUCUGCAGGCAUACAUGCAGACAGCAUUCAUACAUUUAAAAAAAAAUGUACUUGAACAUGCAGUGAGUGUGGUGUACACAUUUAAUCACAGCACAUGGGAGGCAGAGGCCUUGAAUUUCUUCAGGUUCAAGGCCAGGCAGGGCUAUACACGGUGGGACCCUAUCUUUAUGGGGAAAAUAGUACUUGAGCACUUUAGCAAACAGAGCAUUUCAUGUCAUUCUGAAAGUAUAUAACAGGGUAUUCCCUCAGCAGCCUUAACUUUGUCCACCUUUCACUACCACAGAUAACUUGCUUAUGAUCACAAUGACAGAUAUGACCCACGAACUCAGGAGAUGGCAGCUGACCUACAAUGCUCUCGGUGUGGCAUUUGGUCUCUGAACAAAUUGCCCCGCUUAGAGGAACUCAGGGUUGAAACCACACAUGGUGAAGUCUGCAGAGGAGUUAAAGUGGGACCAUACUGCUUUCUUUUCCAUCACACCCACACAUGGUAGAAACAACACCUUUGUAGAGGUAGAGGGACUAGCACACUAUACUAGAUAGUAGAAUGGAGGUGAAGGGAAAUUUAAAGUCAUUAAUAAACUCUGCCCU